AUGAAUUUGGAUUAUUCCAGACUUGGAGCUCAGGUACACUGUAAGUGUCUAUAGAGUUUAAUAUGCAUACAGCUGUAAGUGAUAAGGUACGUUUCAGAUAAGCAAGCCACAAAUGAAUCUGUUAUAUGCAGAUCUGAGAGUGCUGCUGAAACUGUAACUACUGAAAAGAGCUUGCAUGCAACCAUGUGUACUUUGACAUGAGGUGUACAUUGUCAGUGGAAACUGUUCAAGAUGUAGAGUACAUGUACAUGCAAAGAUCUUUGAGCUGAUUUUCUACAACUGAAGGUAGAUUAUUUUAACUUACUAUCUACUUUGUAUUACACGAAUUUACUUAUUUACAAAACUGUUGCAGGAGGCAGAUUGCAUUCAACAGCUCAACAAGGCUGAUCCUCUCGAUGUUCCCAGAACUGUCCAGUUGUUUGUAAGUCAUGAAUCCAAUCCUUUUUGAGUACUGAAUCACAUGAAACAAAAUAUCUGCUUGUUGUUAAAUAGGACUGAUUUUAUACAGUCACUGUAAGUAUCACUCCACCUUUUUGAUAGCAUAUGAAAAAUCAUAAAAAGAGAAGAAACUGACCCUACUGAAGGACAAAAAUGAUGUAAACUCAACAGUAUUAAACACCACUGGCCUUAACUGACAAGGCAAUUUGACCAAUGACCUUGGAUUGAGAAUGGUGAAUGCUUUGCCUUUCAUCCAUCAACUUGACAUAGUGGUGCAAACUAGGUUUUCUGCAUGUCAACACUUAAUUGGCAGUAUCAAACAUGCAUAAAAAAUCAUUGUAAUUUACUUGUAUGCAGUUACAGCUUUUCUUGUAAAACACCACAGUUUUAAUGAUUUCCAAUUGGUUCUUUGUUUUACAAUAAUUGUAACAUAGCACUGAUAUAUUUGGUACACGAGUACAAGAAUGUAUUCUAUGUAGAGGACCCAGUUCACUGACCUUGCAUUUUUGCCAAUUUGACAUAUUUGCUUGUGGAUUUUUAGAAUGUUUUCAGUUUUGAGGGCCAUUACUGCUUGGUUUUUGAGCUGUUGAGACCUCAGCCACUCCAUCAAUACUUUCAGGUUGGUUAAAUUAUAAACAGUGUAAUUUAGUAUUAUCAACGGAGCUGAUAAUGUAAAUUGGCCUCUGUUAAGAGUUUCAAAGCUGUUUCAAGCAUUAGCCCUUUGUCAAAGGGAUUGGUGAAGGGCUAACAUUCAAAAUGUCAGCUUUGAAACUCUUAAUGGUGGCUAAUUUACGUUAUCACCCAGGUAAAAAUGUAAGGUGGGAUCCCGCCAAUCCCAGCUGGGAUCCCAGGUGUGUCCCAGGUGGGAUCCCGGGUGGGAUUAUGGAACAUCCCGCAUGGGAUCCCACCUGGGAUUAUGGAACAUCCCGCAUGGGAUCCCACCUAGGAUUAUGGAACAUCCCACAUGGGAUCCCACCUGGGAUUAUGGAACAUCCCGCAUGGGAUCCCACCUGGGAUUAUGGAACAUCCCGCAUGGGAUCCCACCUGGGAUUAUGGAACAUCCCACAUGGGAUCCCACCUGGGAUUAUGGAACAUCCUGCAUGGGAUCCCACAUGGGAUCCCACCAAUUGAAGUUGGGAUCCAGCCUUAAAUUCCUAAUAGCAUCCCACCUGGGAAAGCACAUCCUGGGCAGGAUUAAACCUAGAAUCCCACCAAUCCCUCUUGGGAUCCUGCCUCAAAUUUCAGAUAGUUUCCCACUUGGGAAAUCAUAUCCUAGGCGGGAUUGCAUCUGGGAUCCUGCCAAUCCCAGUUUAGACCCUGCAUAAAAUUCAGAAAAAUCCUUUGAGGGAUCCUGUUUAUGACUGGAGACCACAGAUUUAUGAAAUGUACCAGAUAGGAUAUCUUAAAAUUAAGAGGAUAAAAUUUUCUAGGUGAGCUAUAGACCCCAUCAAUCCACUGAGGGUCCAAAACUUUCCAACUAGCUAUAGAACAUACUGACACCUCCAAUGGGAUCCCAUUGUCUUACCAAACUUUUGAUCAUAAAUGAUUCAAACAGUACAUGAAUACACAGACUAUAUGUGAUAAAGAUCUCAUAUUUUAUUUGCAAUGAAUCAGCAUGUGUUUGACUUGUUUCAUUAACAAAUUUCUUAACCAAACAUUCUUAAAGAAUAACAGCACAACUCAGCAUAUUACUUUUUCUUCAUCAUUUAAGCAGACCAUCUGCAGUGUAAUAAGGCUCAACGUUUAAAAAAAUUGGCUGUCAAAGAAUAAAAGAAAGACAAAACCUCAAUAAUUCAUGUUAUCAAAAUUUUGACAAAGGUACUGAUUGAAAGUCUGCUCUCUCUUCAGUCGAAUUUUUCAAAGCAAAGCAAGGUCAGAAUGUUCCCAAAUGUGACUAAAGUAAUCUUGAAACCUUACUCAUAGAUUUAUUUCAUUGUAAAGUGUAAGCUUAGGAAACUGCAGCAUGCAAGCGACCAAUUCGAUUCUCAGAAUUAUUUGAGUUUCAGUUGCGCUGAGCGUUAGGUAAGCUUAAUUCAAGCCGUUAUUUCUAUUCUUUGAUAAGAUUUUGAUCACGUAACGAAUAUGGCAAUUUGUACUCACCACAAACUUCUAAAAAUCCUAGCUUUAAAUGGCCACUCGAUCGUUGUUUGAACCAGUCGAUAUGUCAACUGUUAAUUGUCCCUUCUUUUAAGUUCACGGCGCCAACGACUCUCGUUUUCCCAUUAAACCACAAUAAAACCAAUCUUUAGAGGUGUUAUAUUAAGCAAAACAGUUGGGAAAAGAAACAACUUGAAGCAAGAGCGGUUAACCGAUGAAAAGUACAUUCAAAGAUGAGCGCCAAAUGGAGUUUUCUUUGUUUCCGAUCACGGGCAUGAUCACGUGGACCUUUUGCCAAAGAGAGUCCGCUGCCUUGACCCAUUGCAGUCUCAAGAGAAGCGCGCAACAUUAUUCUGUCUCUUCUGAUCGGUUCUCCUCUCUUAGAUGGUGGAUACCUUGGAUUCAUGUUUUGAUGAUGACAUAAAUAAUGAUAUGAAUUCACUCUAUGAAAUAAUCGAAAUAAUUCAUGAAAACAUUUUUUACAAGGUUGAAACCCUACAAGGUAUAGAAAAAUUUUGUUGAUUGAGCUGUUAUUAUUGAACUGUGACUUGCAUUUAAGAAAUUAAGUUAUGAAAAGAAACUCGGAGUACUUUCACUACUAACAAGUCUUGUUUUUAAAUCAAUUGUUGUACUUUGAAGUCAUUUCAAAGGUGUAUUUUCUCAAAGGGAACACGUAUUAUAUUUUUAAAUCAUCAUUUUCUUAAAAACAGCAAAACAAAAUGUCAGGCGGGUUUGAUCACCAGGAAGGUAAGAGUGUUUAAUGUAUUACCAUCUGUGCAUUGUAUGUUUUCAUUGUUAAAUUUAUUGUCAUCUUUGUUAAAAACAUGACUUAAUGUACAUGUACAGAGUUUUGGCAAGAUCAUCAUCUAACCACAUACAUUCUGUAAUAUCAGUCACUCAACAGUGUUUUCUUGAUUUUGUUUACUAACAGGAUGAAAAACUGAAAGUCAUCAGGAAAAUUAAAUUUUUCAAGUGAGCAAACCUUUUUUUUUAAUUCUUAUAACUACUUUUGAUUCAAGUUAUUUCAAAUAAGAUUGCAUCAGUUUUCUUUUGUCAGCUAUAAGAACUUACAAAGACCAUUUUUAAGUUACCUUUCAUGAAGAUGAAACUUGUUGUGCAUCAAAUUUAUUGAAAUCAAAAUUAUUAUAAUAGUUUUUUUUAAUAAAUCGAUGUGGUUAUUUUCUUUUAGCUCUCACAAGCUCUUGGAUUCCUAGGGAGGUAAGAUUAUCAAUAGGUGUUCUUUUUAGACUCUCUAGAAUUACUCAUCUGUACCCACAAGUGGCUUCAUUUUAUUUCAUUGUCAAGGGACUCCUCUCUUGCCCAUCUUUUGGUGAUGCCACCAUGUUGUUCCAGGUUGGAAGUGAGAUGUUUAUUCUGAAUUUUGGCAAAUAGAAGGGGAUCUUUUUCAAAAGGGGGUGCUCAUUUGAGAGCUGAUUUCAGGAUUUUAUGUGCUUCGAUCUCAUUCAACUUUCCAUAUGAAUCCACAGACAGAAUGUCAUCCAUGCUGACUUGAAACCAGAGAACAUUCUUUUUGAAGAAGGUGAAGUGGUGUGUUUGCAACAAACAAAUCAUCAAAAAAUUUGAUUUAACUUAAUGGACUUAAAAAGUCUUCCUUUUUAAAGAUAGCUGUAAUAUUUUGCUCUGGUUAAAUAUAUUAAACAACAGCUAUAGCAUUUUGUAAGAAAAACAGACCAACAUUUUAUACAAUGUCAGAUUCUGAAGAUAUACAAUACAGUGGUCAGUGAAGGACUACUUUGAUGAAUACUCAGAGUUCAUUAUCAGCUACAAUCAUUUGCCUAACAAAAAAUAUCAUGAACAUACCAUCCCAUUUUUGUUUCUGCUAUACAAAGGCAUGUGUAUGUUAUCAUGAUGGUGCCUGGAUGCCUUGUAUAGGGCCCCAUGUCUUAGUUGCAAACAUUUUGAUGCAUGGGAGCAGUAGCCUCAGAAUUUAUGGACUAAGCCUUUAUAAACUUAGCCUUUCUUACAUUUCUGACAGCCAACCUCCACUGAGAGAUCUGAUUGUCAAUACACUGUAAUAAAACAACUUUUUUUUGUACACUUAACAAUUUUAGUCACAGACCUGAAGGUGAACAGUGGUGGAUAUUUACCUCACUGCUUUGCAGCAUGGUGAAUAUCCACCAGUUUCACUGACACUGACAGAAGUGAAUAAAUUUGUUAGUAUAUACCACACAGAUACCAAAAAAUUAGUUUAUUUCUUUCAAUAUACCAAAAAUUGAUCAGAAAUUAAACUCUUAACAUAUGAUUUUGUCUCUUUGGCUGCAUGGAGGUGAAUAGAACUUGGUAUUCACUUUGGAACUAGCCAAUCAGCACAUGCAAAAAGCACUAUUUACUUGUUUGGUAUGUACUAAAAUUGUAUAUUAUAUUAACAAACUGUAGGUGACGAAACCAAGAUAAAAGUUGUUGACUUUGGAAAUGCAAUUCACUGGGUUCAUAGAGAGGUACAUGUAAUUUCUAUUAUUUGGUAAUUUCAGUGACUUAAUUUUAAAUGUGUGCAGCUAGAUGCAUCAGAAUUGUUGUACUGUAGACUUUAUGAACCCUUUACACCCUAACAUCAAUAUGCAUAUUCUUUAUACUGCUCUCAUACAUUUGCUGAAGCACUGACAAGGAGAAUUUCUUUAAAAAUCAAGAGCUUUAUAAGUUGGUGAUCAUUUCCUAGUUUCCUGUGACUUUAAUGUGUGAUUCAGGGGUCUGAUCACUCUUAGGGAUUAAGGGGUUAAAAGAUCCUAUUCAAAGUAUAAUGAUAGGUAAAUUCUGUACAGAGGGCAAGGGCUCAUACCAGCUGUGAAAAAUUGUUUACAGAGAAUUGUGCACUAUGUGUUUACCCCUUUAACAUGUAACUUCUCCCUAGAAUAUCCAUACUUUUUCCAACAAACAGUUAAUGAGAUUACGCAAACUUAUCAGGUAGAAGUUCUUAUCUUGAUCUAGUAUCAGAUUCUCAAAAAUAAUUUAUAAGAAAAUAUGGGGCAGCUAAAGGGGAGAAGCUACAGCCAUUUUGAUCGCCAUGGCAAGUGAAAAUAUAUUUGGCUACUAAAAUGUUGGCAAAAGUCACCAAUUGGUGACAAACAGAUAAAAAAACAAAAAAAGAAAAAAGAGGCAGCCAAAAAUUUUUAAAUGGUGACCAUUUUAAAUUUGAAGGUUGCCAAAAGGCAACUCUUUGGAAAAAUGAGCUUGGAGCCCUGUCAGCCACCAUUAGUAAUGACAUAUGAUAAUUAUUCAAAAUAUGUAAUUUAAUUCUUAUUUUCUUCUGUUUAAUUCUGUCAGGUUUCCUUGUAUUAUGAUGAGUUUGAACUACAAACUUUACUUUACAGAGCUCCUGAGGUAAAGUAAAGAUAUUGUUGUUUUCAUGAAUUUGGAGACAAAUUUUACAUGUAGGUUACAAGCAUGCAACUUCAGUGUUUUCCGAAUCAAUCGAAGGAAAAUAAAAGUAGAUUAAACUAUUUUAUUUGGAAUUGCAUGAAUUGAAGCACUCUCUGAAAGAUGAUCAGUGAAGUUCUGCCAUUUUGUGUUUUAUAAAACAACUUAAUGCAGCUGGCCUGUUGCAGAUGGAAAAUUCUGUUCUAUGGUGUAUCAUUUCAAGAAACAUAUCGGAAAAAAAUAUUUCAAUUCACACAAUCAUUUUUACGAUGAUUGUAUGUCAGGUACAAAUAGAAGGGGGAUGUACAUAUUAGGACCAUUUUUAAGUGGUUGUUGGAAACUUGAAUUUUAAAGUUCAGUCUAUGGAAGAAGGUCCCACUAAAUGUUGUUCAAUGCAAUGAGGUACAGUGUCUCCCACUUGAUAACUUUGAUGGCAGUCAGUUGAAACUGAAAGCUCUGUGUCAAUUCUUUCCAGGUAAUGUUUGGUGUUCCUUUUGGCCCUGAGAUUGACAUUUGGUCUCUGGGAUGCAUUGUAGCCGAGGUAAAUGGUUAAUUGACUAAGUGUAUGUUCUCACCAUAAUUAAAAAAUCGUUAAUGAAUAUUAUACCAUUAGUCAGAGCUAAUAACAGAUGAUACUUGGCAGUUUUACGAUGGAUAUUUCUCUGUAUUUCUCUCACCCAGCCAUUAAUGUUACUGGUGAGGAAAUGAAAUAAUUGGUUUCAGUUGUAUAUAGGCAAACCUUUAUUUCUGGGAGGAAAUAGGACUAAAGUGUUGCAAGAGGUAUGUUUUUGUUUUGUUUUUUUUUAUUAUUGGCACUUUUACAAGCGGUUUAUGACCUAAGGUAACUAAAUACGCUAAUAAGAAUGCCGCUAAUAGUAACUGCCUUUCUGGCUACACUUUAUUUAGACUUCCUCCAUUUUGGGGAAGUGUGAAUACAAACAAAAUUGCAAUUACCCCCAAUUCUUGACCUUCUGGGUACUGUACUUUAUAAGUUCAAUCAAUUUUUUUCAAAUUCUUUUUCAUGCUUGGUUGCAGGUAACCAGUAUUAUUGGUCCCAUACCCUGGAGUCCAUUCCAUACUGGAAAAUUUUUUGAAGAUUUGUCACAGUUUAUAGGCCACCACAACUCAGGUAUAUUCAAGUUUAAAAUGAUUCAAAUGUAAUCAAGUUUUUCAAACUGUUUUGGUAAUCCUUACCUAGUCCGCAACAUCAUUUAAAUGGUCUCUGCAAAUAUUUUAUAAAUCCAGGUACACAAGUUAAAUAAACAAUUGAUUUAACCCUUUAACUCCUAAGAGUGACUAACAUAUAAUUUCUCCACACAACAUCAGCCCUGAGUCAAACAUCAAGGUCAUGAGAAUAAAGGAAAUGAUCACCAACUAAAGAUGCUCUCGAUUGUUAAACAAAUUCUCCUUGUCAGAGCCUUAGGAAAUGUAUAAAGAACAGUAUGGAGAAUAUGCAUACUGAUGUUAGGGUGUAAAGGGUUAAUGUAUACAAUAUAAUCUCAUGCCAAUGAGGCCCAAGUUGUUCAAAGGCCACAUAGAACUUUUAACCCUUUCACCCCUAAUGGUGAUGAAUAUCUAAAUUUUUCUUACAACAUCAGCCCUGAAUCAAACAUUAAGGCUAGGAGAAUAAGGGAGAUGAUCACCAACUAAAGAAGCUCUUGAUUGUUGAACAAAUUCUCCUUGUCAGAGCCUUAGGAAAUGUCUAGAGAGUAGUAUGGAGAAUAUGCAUACUGAUGUAAGGGAGGAAAGGGUUAAGACAAUUACAAAAUAGCAAAAGACAAUUUAUCCUUUGUAUGAGGGACGAACCAUUGGAAAGAGAGCAAUGCUUAGAGGUGGUUCAAUGAGAUGCCUAGAAAAAAAGUAUCCUUUCAUUUACCUUUCCAACUAUUUCUGCCCCUAAAAAAUGAAUGGUCAAAAAUAUCCAUAAAUAAAAUAGCAAGUAAUUUAGUGUUAACAACUGGGUUGAAAACGUAAAUUAGCGAUCGUAAAGGGUAAAAAAGCUGACGUUUCGAGCGUUAGCCCUUCGACGGAGCAAUUAGAAGAAUUGUGGGUUGUGUGUGGGUUUAUAUGCAGAAAGUGGAGCUACGCCAUUGGUGGGAAUAUGGUGACGAGAAAACAGGAGUAAAUUAGUUUAAUUUAUUCUAUUUAGUCUUGCAGAUGUGUGGGGGACCGACCAGCGCUUUGCCAAGAAAAUCGGAGAAAGAACGCUGUUUGUCACUCAUGGGGAGAGUUGCUCCAAGAUAAGCGUUGACGCUCUAGGUAGCAUUUCCUUCAGUACUGUGCUUGAACGCUGCAGCAACCAAGAAGAGGCAGAUACUCGAAUGUUUCUGCAUGCCUUGCAUUCCUCUGAUGCGGCCCAUCAACAGAUCUUAAUCAAGUCAUCGGGCACCGAUGUAGAAGUAUUGGCGUGCAACUUUCGAGAGUACAUAAGUGCUGACAUCUUUCUUCUCUGUGGCACAAGAAGUCGAGCUCGUGUCAUCAAUGUCACCUAGGUCUGUGAGCAGCUAGAUGUCGAGGUGUAUCAGGCAUUACCAGGGCUACACGUACUCACUGGGUGCGACACAGUAAGCUCUUUUGCUGGAAAAGGGAAAAAGGCGGCUCUUGAUGUCGUGAAAGCUGACGAAAACAGCAGAGCAAGUAUCCAUAGAAUCGGCGAGUGUGUCCCACCAAUCAGAGAAGAUCUUGGAAAAAUGGAGAAGUUCGUUUGUUCACUUUACAAUGAUUUUAGUUGUUGUAUAGUCAACGAUACGAGAUACAAGUUAUUCUGCAAAAUCCAGAAUCUACAGUCGUACCAGCUUCCUCCCACCCAUGCUGCCCCAUAAAAGCAUCUACAACGCGCAAACUACCAAGCUUAUGUUUGGAAACAUGCAUUGGAUGCAAGAAUUCUAAACCAAGGACCAGAUGGUCAAGGAUGGUGAGUUAGAGGAGAGGCGCUGGAGAUCAACUGGACCGACCUCGCGCUGGCCCUGGAAUCUGUAAUGGAGCUAGUGUGCUGUGGCUGCAGAGGAUAGUGUGAAACCCGUAGGUGCUCUUGCGUCAAGAACGAACUCCACUGCACAGAGGCAUGUUCCUGUGGGGAAGAAUGUGUCAACUGUGACAACAGUCAAUUCAGCGGUGAUGAGGACGACUCCACCAGUAGUGAGGAAGAAGAUGACCUGUAAAAGUUAUCUCAUGAUAUACCGUAUUGCGGUUGUGACAAAUUUCUCGAAACGUUUCUUGAAAUCUAACGUCAAUGCAGAUUAUGUACGAAGAACGUUGCAAGCGUUGCUAUGGAAACAUACAAUGCCACUGGCAUUGCUAUAUUAGUUAGUAGUAGGCAUUGCUUUAUAAUGUAUAAUGAUAAACUUUCCAUUGCUCAAUAAAGUGAGAUGCAUUGCUCAAUAAGGAGAUGAUUGUUUUUCCUUUUUGUAUUUGCUUGGCUUUUACCAGGUGUGGCCCCAAUUCCAGAGGAAUGCCACUCAUCCUUGCUUUCCUGCCAUAGCCAUUUUCCAGACAUUGAUGCAUCUUUGGGACAUCUUCAAUAGAAUUAAGGUGUCUCAGAGCAAACGCUCUUACUGUAGAAUACUUUUAUGGGUGUUUUCUCGAGUUAAAUAUAUAAAAUUUCAUUUUUUAUUCGAAAAAUCACACAUUUUCAUAUCCGAGCAGUAUUUGACUGGUGCCUGUUGCCAUGGAAACAAAAAACCUUAGGUCCGAUAACACAUUUGGGUAGCUUAUGAUACAACAACUAUAUCUUGCAAAUUUGAACCAAUUUGGUUGAUGUUUGUUAGAGGCAUGGACCAUUUAUCUUAUCACCACGUCUAUAGUAAGCAAACUCUCCUCACCCCAUCCCCCAUGGAAACAGCCCAAUAUCUCAUUACAGCGCACGUUACCGAUUUGAAAACAGGUAGAUUCUAAAAAUAUAGGUCAUAAGCUUUAAUUUGAUAUCAAAUUAACUAUGUCCCAUGGGGGGUGCUACGAGGCAUAACUUUUAGGCCCCUUGGCUCAUGGACUAUUCGGAAAUUUAUUGCCUCAACAAGGAGAUAAGAAAACACGUUUGUUCUUGCCUUCCAUUGAACUACAUAAAUGCAAAUUAGCCCUAUGCCGUCGCCAUGAAAUGAACUUCUGAGCAAGAAAUUUACUUUUUACAUAGGAAUCACCUUUUUUACAGUUUCUAGUACUUCGUCGUUUAUGUAGUGACGACUCUAAUUUUUCCGAAAAAUCAGAAAACCUGGUUAAAAUUUUCAGAAAUAUUAACUCGAUGAAAAUUGGUUAAGAUGUAACAACGGGGAUAAAUUUUUGAUCGGCCGCUCUGAAAUGGGCUAUGAAGAGGGUGAACUUCCGAUGCGCACUACGCAAAUUUCCAAGGCAGUUCUUCCGACCGUGAUGUUGAUUUUGCGUAGAUGUCUGAGAUUUUGCCCCCGCUACACAACCGAACACACAAAACAACACUUGGAGGCAUGGGCGCGUCGGUCAGCCAGGCCCUUGAUACGUUUUAUUAACUCACGUGUAAAACUCCACCGUCUUCUCGAAUAGGACGUAAAACCGUAGGUCCUGUCUCCUACAGGGUUAGGGGUAGGAAACGUUAAUUUUCCACGCACGAGAUUACUGUGUGGUGUAUGUCCUCCCCUGGGGUGGGAUGGGUGGGAAGGUGAGAUCGUUACAUGGACUGAAGCGGCUGCCAGAGUCGCCUGAUAAAAUGCUGACGUCCGAUCUCAACCUUACAACAACUCGCAAUUCAGCACCAAUUGCUGCAAGUAGUUGUUUCGAAAUAAACUCAAACUACCUUAUUUACAGUAAUUCUAAGAACACGCCACGGCCGGACACGUAAACCCGAAAAAAACAAAUAUUGGAAAAAUAGGGACCGUGUAACCCCAACCCAUGCCAUGGCGUCGCCUUUGGGGUUAUAAGGCAAAACUAAUGAAAACUAAGGCUAACAGAGUUAGUGAAAACUAAACUAAACAGAGCAAGAUGACGCGGUGAGGCCGACCGUAGAAUGACACGCAUAACUAACCGGUCACUAUUUCAAACCCCCUUACCGCGCUCCCCCGCGCGCUACACCAGAACCCAGUUCACCGUUCCGUGCCGGCAAAAUAAUCAUUGAUGUUAAUUCUUAUUUACACAAAUUACAUUAUUCUUCAUCGCUGUCGAUUGAAUCUUCCCUGAUAUUAGGUCUUUCCGAUAAAUCAGCGAUAGCUUGAGGAAAGCACUAAUCCUGCCAUGCGUGGCUUUUGUGGAGAGCCCUUUCGUAUAAUCAUCGAGUCCUUUCAAGCACUCAGCCGUAUUCUGUCACUAUUUAUGUUUAUGACUCUCGCUUCUGAGCGGCUGUUUACCGAUAGAGAAUUAUAUGGAUUGUUGCGCUUAAAUAAGUUAUCUUGUUGUGGCUGUUGUUUACCGGACGCCAUGUUCAGAAGCUUAUGCACUUAUUUGUGCUACGUAAAACAACGUUCCCCACACACACCGCGAUGACUGAAACAUUUUGUGACAAGAACAAUGCACGGCACUGGUAAGAGACCACUAACCUGAGUUUAACUACGCAGAAAGGUAGUUUAACAUUGAACAAACUCGGUUAUAAAAUUUAGUGUUCUUCAGUGAAUUUCUAUGGUUACUGUUAACCCAGUUUCAGUUCGAUAAAACGCCAAAAAAGCGGUCUCAUCACGAUUUUUCGGUUUUCAAUUAUUAUCAAUAUACGCGGCCAAAUAGAAAAUCGGCCUCUGCAAAACACACGCUCAGCGGGCCGCAAAAGACUGACAGCGGGCUGCUAAUGCAUUAUCAGCCCUACAGCUGAUUGGUUCUUGCUUCAUCAUCCGAUGGAUUUUAACCAAUUAGAGAAAGCCUAGUGUUGACGCGGGAAAACCAUUCAUUUGCGAAACUCCGGUUUUGAACUGCAGUUUUUUCAGUCGUCGAAUCGUCUUCGAGCGAAAAUUGAAGUAAUGGAAGAAAUUAGCAGUCAAAACUCAGAUUUGGGGCUAGAAGAUUUGGACAAAUUAGAAGCAAAAGGUCAGGCGGAAAAUAAAUAAUAAGGUUAACUUUGUGAUAUGCCUAUUAUUUAUAGACGAUUUUAAGCAUUUUUUCGGUAAUUUUCGAUAAGUUCACUGGACUGAGUUGAUUCUUUAAUAGCUUGUUCAAUCAACACUUACAUGAUGAUUUGAAGUGACUUUGAAUUCGUCAUUCACUUAGCUUGUAUUAUUAAAACUCGCAUUCUUGACUUUUUUCGGGAAUAUUGUUUAUUUGCGCCCUUGUAGUGUCAUUUGCGGCGGCCCUCGCCCUCGACACUACGCGGGCGCAAAUAAACAAUAUUCCCUCAAAAAGUCAUGUUAUUCCCUUAUUGACAGAUUAGAAAUAACCCGAUUAACUCGCUAUUAAGUGUUAUCUCUUUUUUAUUUUUUUGUUCAAAAUACACAGAACUUUGAGUUUUUUCGUUUUUGUGUUAUGAACUUGUUUAUUGCCACAACACAGCGGGCAGCGCAGUGAAUGAAGCAAGACUUGUUUCAUCCGGCAUCUCCCUGGAAGGUGUAGGGCAGUUAAUUGUAAGUUUGAUUAAGGUAUUAAGAAAACCUUUAUAAAUCAAAAUAAAUUCAAAUACCUCUGUUGUGUUAUUUCUAGAUGCUGGAAGCUGCACAGACAUUUUGUUUCCUACUGAGUAUAACUUCAAACCAUACGUUGACGAGGAAGUUAAAAGGCAGCAUUUUUCUGGAACUGAACUCUUAAAGAAGGGAACUACU